UAAACGCGCGUUGUGCACUUGUCAUCUGAAGGUAGCCUAGUGAUUCUAUAUCAAUAGUUUCAGGUAUCAGUAGUCAAAAGAGGUUAAACUUACACUCAAGUUGCAGACAGGUUUUAGGUGUAUUGUGUAUUGGAACUGAAACGCGCCACAUUCAACGUGUCUAUAUGAAUAAAACCAAAAUACAGUAACAAAUCGUCUCUAGAACACAAUGCUAGAUGGCAAUAAACUUGAUUUGCCUUUACACUAAACCUGUAACUUGCUUCCGUAACAUUUAAGUAACUUAGUACUCUAUUUGCACUUACAAUUAAACUUACAGUAAAGAAAUGCCUGCGAAUGUUUUGUGGAUUCUUAUCUAAAUGAUUGCACGCCUAUUUACAUUUUAAUUCACAAAUCAAACUUAGCCAGGCUAGUAAACAAAAGGGAAAAUCAGAAUUUCGACAGCUAAUGUCGAUUUUAAGAAUUUAAAUGUAUGUACCUGCUUAAAUACCUGUCAAACAGUAGUGGGAUCCUAAAUCUGUACAUUCGUCUGGUUUCGGGUUACAGGAGUUGACAUGGAAAGUGUGUGUUCAACUUGGCGUGGACUACUCGUUCUAACCGAGUAAGUACAAAAAAGGAAGAGUGUGUGAGAACAAGUGUACUUACUAGGCAAACCCUCACCUGUAAUCGAAAAUGAGGCCUCUUUAUCACUGGCAACAAAUACAGCAGCGCCUCUCCCGUUCCAUCGGCGAUAUGAGCAUACUCCAGUGCAAGAUAUCGAAGGUUCCGUAACUCUCCGAGACUUCGAAGGAAAGUGUAUCUGCUAUUCGGUCUGGGCGUAGCGUACAUUAAGCUCAAUACGAUUGUAAACAACACGUCAAUCUGAAUAUGAGGACAAUUAUUGAUAUGAAGACGCAUUGGUUUAUUUACCACAUAUUUAUCUCAAUGACAAUCAUAGAGUAGUCGCCAAGACAACGGGCCUUUGACAGAACAUGUGCGUUGCCGUGGUGAUAAACAGACGUAAAACUUAGAAAUGGCAACAGAUGAGGAAAAAUCGAAAAUAAUCAAACUCCUGCAAGAUAUAACUGUGCCUGAAGUAAAGUUAACGGAACGAUGCUUUGAUUUAGUGAAGGUAUUUCAGCAGAGGUUCGGCGGAGAGGUCGAAGCAGAAAGUCGCCAAGAGGAAGUACAACAAGACUUAAGUGAAAAUCCAUACAGGGUUGACAAACGAUUACUAGAGGAAAACGAAAGGAAAUUGCGGGAAUUAUUAAUUGCAAGUCAUCGGGCCAAAAAGCUCAAUGCCAGGAAUGUGAUAGUAACUGGUGCAGAUCCUAAAAGACCUUGGCGAACAAAUUCUAGUAAAGAGAAGCUGCUUCGUGUGGACCUAGAGCUGAAGCGACAUCAGGAGAAAUCCACCGAGAUGAUUGUUCCCUUAGCUGACAAUGAUAUGCAAGAUCUUGUUAAGGAAUGCCGGGAGGAAUGGCGAGUGGCGCCAGCCGUGGGGCCCAGCCGGCUUCGGGAUACUGUCGACGCAGCCAAGAAGAACUUGCCUCAUUUCCAGUACAAGAAGAUCCACAACACCACAGCCACCUCCAUCAUGCCCCAAGCGCAUGCAUUCCAUGCCAAGCCAGCGCCUGCCACGCCCAAAGAAGCUGCUACCACGGAAUGAUAAGUUUUACGUAAUGAUUUUGAAUGGUAAGUUUUCGUAUAUAAUUUAUGUGUAUUUUGAUUCUAAUAAAUUUUGUUGAACAAGCGUUAA